UAUCGUAGAAACCGCGUCUUCGAGAGCCGAAUAAAAAUAAGACCUUUUUUCAUUCCUCCCCAAAUCUUUCUUUCAAUUCGGCGAUUUCACGCCAAUUUCAAACCCUAGUUUGCCUGAUUUGCUGCCAUUUCACCCUAUUUCUCCUGGAUUUCGAAGGAUUUUGGGUUAGGAUCAGAGCAAUAAACUAGCAGGUUGAGCUUUACACUCUUGAGGAUUUUGGUAAUGGCAGAGAGGGGUUGUGUGAAACGGCUUCAAAAGGAAUAUCAUGCACUUUGCAAGGAACCAGUUCCCCAGGUUGUUGCACGGCCUUUGCCUAAUGAUAUCCUAGAGUGGCAUUAUGUACUUGAGGGCAGCGAAGGCACUCCUUUUGCUGGUGGAUGCUACUAUGGAAAGAUUAAAUUCCCGCCUGAUUAUCCAUAUAAGCCUCCUAGUAUCAGCAUGAUAACUCCCAAUGGCCGAUUUGCUCCUCAAAGAAAGAUCUGUCUAUCCAUGAGUGACUUUCAUCCUGAAUCGUGGAAUCCAAUUUGGUCGGUAUCAAGCAUAUUAACGGGGCUUCUUUCCUUCAUGAUGGAUGAUGGUCAGACAACUGGCAGCAUUAGGACAUCUGAUGAUGAAAAGCGACAGCUUGCGAAGGCUUCACUUGCCUACAAUUGCGAGAGCAAAAUCUGCCCAAACUUCAAGAAGCUCUUCCCAGAAUAUGUAGAGAAGUACAAGCAGGAAAAAUGUCCAGCAGAGCUGCCUGCAGCAGAGGAGCAGUUGCAGGAACUACCAUCGAUGCUUGUAGCGAGAGCACAUGAAAGAGCUGGCCAAAUUGAAGCUGAGAACAAACAGGAGAUUGUUCCUAAACCAGCAUUUAGGGGGCAGACAAACAAAAUACCAGUAUGGCUUUUGCUGCUUAUGUUCUCUCUCUUUGGCAUUGUCAUGGCCUUGCCUUUGCUUCAGCCAUGAUUCUCAGGCUGUUCAACUGACCUGUCAACGCGGCAAGUGCUUGUGGGUUCAUCAAAUACCCCCCAUCCCCAUGUUAGUUGUGGAACUGGCUUGAAGAAUUGAGCUCUUGCAAAAUUUUGUAUAGAAGGUUGGUUGGUUCAUGGUGUGGUGCUGUUUGUAGUAACCUGACACCCUACCUUUGUCAUCUUUUUUUCUUUCCUUUUGUAAUGGUGAUGGUACCUGCCUAAAUCCAGUUCUGCCUUUUUUCUCCUCUGCUAAUUUUCUUGUUUGUUGUUUAAAUUCUUAAUGGCCAGAAGCAAGAUAUGCCCCUUAUUCAUUUUGCUCAA